AUGAAUCCUUUUACAGGGUUGCCGUUUACCCCACGGUAUUACCAAUUGUAUAAUAAACGAAGCCAGCUGCCUGUCUGGGAAUAUAAAGAUAAGUUUAUGAAGAUGGUGACAGAUCAUCAGAUGAUAGUACUGGUUGGUGAGACUGGCUCUGGUAAAACUACACAGAUUCCUCAAUGGUGUUUAGAAUGGGUGAGAGCUAGGUAUAAUAAAAAGGGUGUGGCCUGUACCCAACCACGUCGAGUAGCUGCCAUGUCUGUGGCUCAGCGUGUGUCUGAGGAAAUGGAUAUCGGUCUGGGACAAGAAGUUGGAUAUUCUAUUAGGUUUGAAGACUGUACAUCUUCUAAAACUGUUCUCAAAUAUAUGACAGAUGGUAUGUUGUUACGAGAAGGUAUGUCUGACCCUCUAUUAGAAGCCUAUGGUGUCAUCAUGUUGGAUGAAGCCCAUGAACGUACUCUAGCCACUGAUAUAUUGAUGGGUUUAUUGAAGGAAGUAGCUAGACAAAGAUCUGAUUUAAAAAUUAUUGUUAUGAGUGCUACUCUUGAUGCUGGAAAAUUUCAGACGUAUUUUGAUAACGCCCCGUUAAUGAGUGUGCCUGGUAGAACUCACCCUGUAGAGAUAUUCUAUACACCAGAACCAGAACGUGACUACCUGGAGGCAGCCAUUAGAACUGUCAUGCAGAUUCAUAUGUGUGAAGAACAGGAAGGAGAUCUCUUGUUAUUUUUAACUGGUCAGGAGGAAAUUGACGAGGCUUGUAAAAGAAUAAAAAGAGAAGCGGAUAAUUUAGGAGCCGAAAUUGGAGAAUUAAAAUGUAUUCCGUUAUAUUCGACACUACCUCCUAAUUUACAACAGCGUAUAUUUGAACCCCCACCCCCUAAGAAACCUAACGGAGCUGUUGGUAGAAAGAUUGUAGUAUCUACUAAUAUUGCCGAGACCUCGUUGACUAUUGAUGGAGUGGUGUUUGUCAUUGAUCCAGGCUUUGCCAAACAAAAGGUAUACAAUCCCAGAAUCCGAGUGGAGUCGCUACUGGUUACAGCUAUUAGUAAAGCUAGUGCUCAACAGAGGGCAGGUCGAGCUGGUAGAACGCGGCCAGGAAAAUGUUUCCGACUGUAUACAGAGAAAGCGUAUAAAAACGAGAUGCAACAGAAUACCUAUCCUGAGAUAUUAAGAUCUAAUUUAGGAUCAGUUGUACUUCAGUUGAAGAAACUUGGUAUUGAUGAUUUGGUUCAUUUUGACUUCAUGGACCCUCCAGCGCCAGAAACGUUAAUGAGAGCAUUAGAAUUAUUGAAUUACCUGGCAGCUUUAGAUGAUGAUGGAGAAUUAACAGAAUUAGGAUCCAUGAUGGCUGAAUUCCCUCUAGAUCCUCAGUUAGCUAAGAUGGUGAUAGCAAGCUGUGAUUUCAGUUGUUCAAAUGAAAUUCUUUCUAUCACAGCCAUGUUGUCAGUCCCACAGUGUUUUGUCAGACCGUCGGAGGUGAAGAAGGCUGCAGAUGAAGCGAAGAUGAGGUUUGCCCAUAUUGAUGGUGAUCAUUUGACUCUUCUCAACGUUUACCAUGCAUUUAAACAGAAUCAUGAAGAUAACCAAUGGUGUUUUGAUAAUUUUGUGAACUACCGAUCUUUAAAGAGUGCUGAUAAUGUACGACAACAGUUAGCGAGGAUUAUGGAUCGAUUCAGCCUGCGUCGAGCCAGUACUGAUUUUAACAGUCGUGAUUAUUAUAUUAAUAUUAGAAAGGCUCUUGUCUCGGGUUUCUUUAUGCAGGUGGCCCAUUUAGAAAGAACAGGUCAUUAUUUAACAGCUAAAGACAAUCAGAUAGUACAGUUACAUCCCUCGACAGUUCUAGACCAUAAACCAGAAUGGGUGAUAUACAAUGAAUUUGUCUUGACAACUAAAAAUUAUAUCCGAACUGUGACAGAUAUUAAACCAGAAUGGUUGAUUAAAAUCGCGCCUCAAUAUUACGAUAUGUCCAACUUCCCUCAAUCUGAGGCUAAACGAAUAUUAGAGAGAAUUAUAGCUAAAUAUCAGAAUAGAGCUAACUCAGAACAACAAUAAUAAUCUAAAUAGUGCUAAAACUCUCACAGCUUCAUUCCUAAAAACCUUCACUUGUGUCGUGUAAAAAUGUAUUCAUCUUCAUUCUUCAAUGUACCUUAAAGGGAUUGUAAUGAGGUUUUCUAUACUCUUUAUGUGUCUCGGGUUCAUUUAUGACUUCUUUUUCCAUUCAUUCUAAUUUUCAGUUAUUUAUCUGUGGUUCUCGGAAUUCAACUAAAUCUAAGUGCUAUGACGUCUAUAUGGAAUAUUAAGGCUUAGAUUUAGUGGAAGAACAACAGACGUCUGACAGAAAAUUGGAAUGAUGCAAAUUUGUCAGACAUUAACUCCAU